AUGAAGACUAUAUCCCUCCUCUUCCUCCUCCUCCUCCUCGCCUCAGGAGCCUGUGACGACGUCAAGUACAUCUCCAAGAGGAACUCAGUGGAUGGAUGUAUAGACUGGUCGGUGGAUCUGAAGGAGUACCAUGUUCUGGCAGGCGAACCUGUUCGGGUCAAAUGUGCCUUGUUCUACAGCUACAUCAGAACCAACUACACCAUGGCCACCAACGCCAAGCUGCGCCUCAUCUGGUACAAGAACAAAGGAGAUGCAGAGGAGCCCAUCAUUUUCUCAGGCCACAGGCUGAGUAAAGAAGACGACUCCAUCUGGUUCAGAUCUGCUGAGAUGGAAGACAAUGGAUUCUACACCUGUGUACUGAGGAACUCCACAUACUGCAUGAAAGUGUCCAUGUCGAUGACGGUGGAGGAGAGUGACGAGGGGAAAUGCUUCAGCAGUAAAAUCCGCCAUCUGGAGAAAGCUGAGAUAACCCACAGCAAAAUGAUCACCUGUCCUGAUAUAGAAGACUAUAUGGCUCCAUACAAACAGCCACAGAUGACCUGGUAUAAGGAGUGUGAGCGGGUUGAAUGGAGAAGUUCCAUCUCUGUGAACACCACACACGUCUGGAUACCUGAGGUGGAGGAGGGUGACGGGGGAAACUACACCUGUGAGUUACAGUAUGGAUCCAGACUGGUGCGGCGGACCACACAGCUCAAAGUGACAGCUCUCCAAACCACUCAGCCUCCCAAGGUCCUUUUUCCCCCAGAGAGGCAGGACACAGUGAUAGAAAUCACGCCUGGUAUGCCUCUCAGUCUGGACUGCAAGGCCUUUUUUGGCUACAGUGGAGAAAACAGAAGGCCCAUCAUCUACUGGAUGAAAGGGGAGAAGUUUGUCGAAGAACUAGCCGGACACAUUAAAGAAAGUGAAGUCAGGAUCUUAAGGGAGCAUUUAGGGGAGAAGGAGGUGCAGCUAUCCUUAACGUUUGAUGCUGUGGAGGAGUCAGACCUGGCCAACUACACCUGUUAUGUGGAGAACCAUAUAGGGAGGCGCAGCGGGAGUGCCAUACUGCAGAAGAAAGAUAUGUAUCGCCUGGAGCUGGCUGGUGGUCUCGGGGUCAUAUUGCUGCUGCUGGGAGUCCUGACAGCACUUUAUAAGUGUUACAACCUGGAGAUUAUGCUCUGCUACAGGAGACACUUCGGGAGUGAUGAAACUGAAGAUGAUAAUAAGGAGUAUGAUGCCUACCUGUCUUAUACUAAAGUGGACCUGGACUCUCUGGGCAGGACGAGCAGUGAUGAGGAAACAUUUGCUUUGGAGAUCCUGCCAGAUGUGUUGGAGAAACACUACGGAUACAAGCUGUUUAUACCAGACAGAGAUCUUAUGCCCAGCAGUACCUAUAUUGAAGACUUGGCUCGCAGCGUGGAGCAGAGCAGGCGUCUCAUCAUCGUUCUGACUCCAGAGUUUGUUGCCAAAAGAGGUUGGAGUAUCUUCCAGAUAGAGACACGCCUCCAUUCUAUGCUGGUUACCGGGGAGAUCAAGGUGAUCAUGAUAGAGUGUGCCGACCUGAAGAAUGUUAUCAACUACCAAGAGGUUGAAGCACUUAAACAUACGAUCAAGGUUUUAUCCAUCAUCAAGUGGAGGGGUCCUAAAAGCAAUGAGCUGUCCUCUAAGUUUUGGAAGCAGGUGGUCUAUGAGAUGCCUGCUAAACGCAGAGAGACGUUGUCCAGACGCCAGGUGAUGGACUCUGGUGAACAGGGCCUCUUUGGUGACCUACAGACCACAGUCUCCACCAUUGCCAUGACAACCACCUCUGCCUCUCUGGCGCCCCCUAAUGAGAGUCGCCAUGGACAUCAUCAGGUUGCCUUGGCGACAGAGAUCCCAGACUACAACCAGAUGACCUUGCCACUGGGAGGAGGUCACAUGGCUACAGCAGCCCAAAUGAGGCAUUUCUGCCGCAGCUACGAGUUCCAGCUUCCCCCUCAGCCUUCCUCCCUGUCACCUCCUCUCCCACCUCCCUCCACUGUGCAGUUCUCCACUCUGGGCCCUGGGGGGCGCCACGUCUACUGCAACAUCCCUAUGACACUGCUGAAUGGACAGGGGUUCAGAGCAGUUCACUGGGGAACAAGAGGUACCUCAGAGCAGUACGCUUGGGAAAAAGCCAGAACUCCACCUGAACAGCACCUUCGUACCUCUCACCAGCAGAGAACUAAGCUCUGA